AUAUAUGCUUUGCUCUCCAAGAGAUACGAAACAACGUUGUUUUCUUCUUCCGCUCUGUGGAAGAGUUCGGGAAACCGCGUGAAUCGAUCCAGAAACCCUAACCCUAGAAGAAGAAGUGAAUGGCGUCGUCGGAGAAGCGAUGCCUCUACGAAGUUCUCGGUCUGAGCAAGGACUGUUCGCCGGACGAAAUCCGUUCCGCCUACCGUAAAUUGGCUCUGCAACGUCAUCCCGACAAGCUCGUCAAAUCCGCCGGAUUGUCCGAAGCCGAAGCCACCGCCCAGUUCCAGGAGCUCGUUCACGCCUACGAGGUCCUCUCCGAUCCCAAAGAACGCGCCUGGUAUGAUUCUCACCGGUCUCAGAUUCUAUUCUCCGACCAUGGCUCCAAAUCCGGAGGAAUCCCCGGGAAUGUUCCCGAUCUCUUCGCGUUCUUCUCGAACGCCGUGUAUUCGGGGUAUUCCGACACCGGAAAAGGGUUCUACAGGGUAUAUUCCGAUCUCUUCGAUAGUGUUUGUCGGAACGAGGUUAGUUUCGCGAAGAAAUUAGGGUUGAGGAUGGAUUCUGUGAAGGAGGCUCCGAUAAUGGGAAAUCUAGAGAGCCCGUAUGCUCAGGUUACGGCGUUUUACAAUCACUGGUUAGGGUUUUCGACUAUUAUGGAUUUCUGCUGGGUGGAUCAGUGGGAUGUGAUGGCGGGUGUGAAUAGGAAGUCGAGGAGGGUGAUGGAGGAGGAGAACAAGAAGCUGAGGAAGAAAGCAAAACGAGAGUACAACGAAACCGUGAGGGGGUUGGCUGAGUUCGUGAAGAAGCGGGACAAGAGGGUGAUUGAUAUGGUAAUGAAGAAGAAUGCAGAGAUGGAGAAGAAGAGGGAGGAGGAGAGGGAGAGGAGGAAGAAGAUGGAGAAGGAGAGAUUGGAGAGAGCUCGGAAGUAUGAGGAACCUGAAUGGGCAAAGGUUCAGGAGGAAGAGGAGGAAGAUGUGGGUCUCUACGGGUUUGAACAAGAGGAUGAUGAUGACAAAAAGAAGAAUGAGGAGUUUUAUUGCGUCGUUUGUAGCAAGAAGUUCAAAAGUGAGAAGCAAUGGAAAAAUCACGAACAGUCAAAGAAGCACAAAGAGAAGGUGAUGGAGUUGAGGGAGUCGUUCAGUGACUUUGAGGAGGAAAAAGAAGAAGAGGAAGAGGAGGAGAUAAAUGGAUUUCAGGGACCAUAUGAUGAAGUAGGAGAACUGCAUGAGAAGCUUAAGGAUGGCUUAACGAUUGACGAUAAAAAAGAGGAUGAAGCAGAACUUGAGGAAGAAGUUUCAGGUGAAAACAGCGGAACAGGUGGUGAUGAUUUCGAUGUGGAGGAGGAUAUGAAAGAAUCUGGUCAAAGCGAGGACGAGGAUGACGAAAUGAGUAUACUUAAGAAAAUGGUGUCUGGGCAGAAGAAUAAGAGAAAGAAUGUCUCAUCUAAGGUUCGAGUUGAGAAUGACAGUGACACAGCCGGCACUAGUGAAUAUGAUAGCUACAAAAGCACAGGGAGGAGUAGAAAAGGUAGGAAGGAGAAGGGUAAAUGGUACGGUGGAGAAGCCAUGGCAGAUCACUCUAAUGGAAUACCGACCCCUGCAGAUGGCAUAGUGGACUCAAGCUCCGGAGUUUUUGACCAUUCUCAGAAGGAUGAGGAGGAUUUCAUGGAAUAUGAUAACAGGAAACGCACAGGGAAGAACCACAAGGGUAAGAAGGGGAGGGAGAAAAAGAACCGUGGAGAGCCUAUGAUGAAAGAUAUUAACGUAACAAAGAGCGGUGAUGAGGAUGAUGCUCAAGAUAAGUUCAGACACAUGGAAGAAUCUCAUCCCGAAGCUUUGGAUCGGGAUGAAAAUGUUGGCCAGACGCAAGAGUUCAACCACAAAGAUUCAAGUCAUUUCCAUGACAUCGGUACGAAGUCAAAGAAGUCAUCCAAGGGAAAGAAAUCAAAGAGUAAAGAGAAGAAUCCCAGUAACUUGUGCGAUCGAUGUGGAGAGGAGUUUGAAUCAAGGAACAAGCUACACAAGCAUUUGGCUGACACCGGUCACUCUACGCUGAAAUCCCGAUGAAUUUAAAAGCUCGGGGAGACAGCACAGCUUAAGCAGAGACAUAGUAACAUCAACCAAAGGGUUGGUUGCAUUCUUUGAUUUGACUUGUGCACGCAUUGUGCUGUUGUAAUUUUUGAAAGAGGAGAAAAAAACAUAUUGUUGUAUUGGGGCAUCUUUAGAGAAAAUGAAGAGAUCAGUUGAAUUAUGGUUA